AGACGUAAAUUUUUAGUCUGUUGGCGUCAAUGUAAAAGAGUAUUUUAGCGUCUGUCUGCGUCGUUUGUGCCGCGUUUUCAAUGUCAGCUGUUUUCAAACUGACAAAUGUUUUUCUCCUAGUUUACUUAUGCCCGCGACUUUUAUUUACUAUCAGUUUAUCAGCGUGAAGAUUAUCGCCCGGCUUCGUUAACGCGUGUAAUUAUUCGGUAUUGUUUUCGGUUCUAGUACAUAUUCAGUUUUACUUUCGUGUUCAUUUACGGUAAUAAUGAGUACCGAUGGCUUCUUGCGAAGAUAACUCAGCAACAAAUAAUGAUCCAGGAAAAGAAUCAAUAAAAAAUGAAGCUAAUAUAAGCACGGUGAAUUGUGGUAACAAAGGCUGGCACAGUGGCGCCGCAGAGAAUCACUUAAUCGUCUCUAUAAAUGGAAAUUUACAAACUGCACACACAAUAAAAGAAGCGGAAACCGAAUGUUUGAAAGUUUUGUUGAAAAAAAACCAAACCGCUAAAAGAAUCGAAUUGAAUGAUACAAUAGAUUCCUCAAAUCAACAAAACGGAAAUCACUCGAAUACAAGUCCAGAAGCCGACAGUACAUCAAACGAUAUCUACUCUACAAUGAGCGGCCUAAACAAGCACUCGAUUACCAACAACGAAACUAGUACUAGUCAGACACCUAGUAAAAAAUUUAAGCACGAUUCGAUAUUAGAUUAUAAACUAGAAAAUUACAUUUCCGAAAAGGAAAUAAACGAGAUGAUAAAAAAAUACGAAACAUACAGCGUCGAAAAAAGAACCUGCGCUGUGUACGAUAUGAACACAAUUAGCACCAUCUCCCACAAUAUUGUAAUUAAUCCGGUAUCCGGCGAAGUUGAAUCGAUCGUAAGAAAAGACUACGACAAGACGACGACUCCUCAGUGUCCAGCACCUCUUAGUCCUCCAAGUAACGCGUCGCUCGAUAUCAUCGAAGAAGAAGUAGGCAACGAUGAUGAUUCCUAUCAGUCUUCCGAUUCUGAUGAUCGAAGCAGUGUUCGAUUAUGCAGUAACAGUACCCAGACUGAUCUCGAAUCAGAUUUUAAGGAAAGUAGUCCUAAACCAGAGCCAGAUCUAUGUAAGUUGAAAAAAUCGCAAACGUUGACCAGUAAUUUACACAAACAAGGAUUUGAUGAUAACAGCUGGACCCUAGAUAUUUCCUCUGCUUCAGAUGAACAACUUCAGCCGAUUCAAAUUCAACAAAUAGUAGAGAAAAAACCGCCUGAUAGACUCAAUGUAGUUUCAACUCCACCGGAUCAGUAUUUCAAAAACAGCGUGGAAAUCAAAAAAAUGUUUCAAACAGCUCGAAACGAACAAACUGAUAGUUCUGGUUAUACAGAACAACAAUUAACAAACUGUGAUGAAUCAAGUGAUAAAAUACCUUAUACUAUAGAUUUUCAAGAAUUGCUUUCCAAAUUCAGCGGCGUUAUUGACUCAAAACCGUGUCUCAAGAGAACAUUGCCUAAUACUCCAAUAAAUCGAACAGUUUCCUUUCCAGCAAUACCAAAUUUUCAAAAUACCAACUCCCAAGAUAUCACGAAACGUCUCUCAACUGGUUACAAGUUACAGCAAGAGGUUCGAAAUGAGAAUCAAUAUGGUAGGAUACAAAGAAUAGACAACCAAGGGUCAAAAAUCAACGAAAGGUAUCAGAUUUCUUGUGAUAAAUGCGGCAACCACGUAAAUAUAAAAGAAAACAACGUGUAUUCAAGUAACGACUCCGUGUACUCAAAUUCUCUCAAAAGCCCUUCCAGCUUCACUUUCUAUCCAGCAAACGUCAGGUAUUCCAAAGCUCUGACCAGUAGCUCGAACUCCUCUAAACGUAAUUCAUCAUGCUCGAUUGAUCGUAACUCUACAUACAGCAUGUCCAGCGAUUCUAUGUCCAUAGGGUUGAAUUAUGGCACAAAUGAUACCUUAUCUAAUUUGAACAGAAGCACAUCUAGUGGCACAUUGUCGCGUAAUUCCCCGUACGGCACUUAUGGCACUAUAAGAAAAGAAUACAAAACCACCUCUGAUGCUUCCAGGCGAAUCGUACCCACUCGUCAUUCCUCGUAUAAUGCCGUAAAUCGUCUAUCAAUGAGUAGUACUUUGAGUAGCACUGGUAGCUCAAUAUACAGCACAUUGGGUCGCGCUUCGAUCAACAGUUCCAGCACAUCUAGAAAUUCUUCGUGUAGUACGAUCAAUCGAACCAGUACAUCUAAUUCUGAAAAAAUGGCAUUGUACAGCCUGCCUAAUAAAUCGAAUCGAUACGAGGCUCAUAUUAAAUCCAGACAAAAUAUCCAAAAAUCUUUCAGCACACCGAGUAUAUAUAAAAGUACCAGUAUGACUAGCGAUACUUCUUACCAACAACCCCCAAAAAGAAGGCAAUACAAACCAUCUAAUACAGGAAAUGCUGUCACGGAUGAGGUUACUAACUCUUUGAACGAAUUGUCAAAAAAAUACGAUGCUUACAUCAAAAAUAAGGAAUACGUAGAAUCUAGCAGCGAUACAAACACUGACAGCACUGUACGAUACGUUCCAGAUGACCUGGACUCAUUAAUAAAAUCCGACGAGCCCGAAUACGUAAAUAUAUCAAUCGACAGGGUACCGACAUUGAAAAAAUUAUCCUUAAAGGCUAUCUUAUCUUACGAAAAUGGUAUAGAUUUACUCAGCAAUAUAUACUUCGUUCCACCUCAGAAAUCUACCCACCUGAAUAAAUUGGUAAAAGGCACGAAAUGCUGCCAAUGUCCGCAUCACGAUCACCGUCUCGUCCCACGUAAGAAAGAAAAACCGAUAAAAUUUGAUUCAAAUUUACACGAAAUGCAUCAAAAAUUCACCGAAAGACGAGGUUAUUUUGAAAACACGAGAGUAACACCAAUAAGAAACGAACUCUUAGUCGAAGAUAUCUAUUCACCAAAAACGCCUCGAAGUUGUAUAUUCAACGUGGACGAAAAUUACACCAAAGAAUUACUCGAAGAAGCGGCCAAUUUGUUGGCUUUACGUAAAUAUCGAGAAACUCGCAUACGAAAUACGAUAAACAGGCACUACUUGGAUCGAAAUUUCGACCUGGUUACCUACAAGGUGGAAACGCCUACGCUGAGUAAUCGACUCAAAAGUAAUUAUCGGGAUGCCGAACACGAUGAACCUAAACGAGCUUCGAGUAACUCGCAUCACCAACGUAUUUUGGAAUUAAUCCAGAACAAAAAACAAUUUACAAUCGAUCAAAUCGAAAACAAUGUUAUACCGCGAACACCGCACAACGAGACCAAAAUAAAUACCAAUCGGCAGUCUUUCACUGUCGAAAAAUCUCAUUCCACUGAAACUGUAACAACAAAUCGCGAACUUGCGAAAGUUCAGUCGACAAAACACGCGAAACACGGUACCGAAAUUCGUUCGCAAUCCGAGCCCAGGACAAACUCGUCACAAGCUGAUCAUCGGCAAGUGAUGUACGCCGAGUACAUGAGAAAAAUCGCCGAAAGAUUAGAAAGAAAACAGAAAAAAGUCAUACGUAUUACCAGCAGAUCGGAUACUGCUCCAACUAUGGUGAAAAUAUUCAACGAAAAUGUUUCCAAAGAGAAACCCUGCAGCUUAGAGGAAGAAUUCAUGCAGAAAGCUAGAACAAGACUGCAUAAGUUGGGCUUCGAUGUUGAAGAAUUCAGCUCAAACGAAACCACUGAGGAGGAGUCGUCGACGUCGUCCAAGGUGCAGGAGGAGAUCCCGAGUCAUAUACGCGAGUUUAUCCAAUUUUCACAGCAAGAGAUCUUUAAAGAAGAGGGUGUUUGGUCUCCUGGACAAACUCGUAAAUUAGAGCGUCGUUCUUCAGACGUCGGCGAUCAACAGAAAGAAUCGCCGAAAAACGAUUCCGGAUCGAAUACGCCGAUUGUGUGGUCUCCUCGAAGUGCUCCUUCUAGUCCUAGCAGCGAACGAAAAUCCUACCGACCAGUUAAAUUCGAUUCUCCGACACUUUCCAGAAAGACUGUAUCGAUAAAAACUUCGGAACCGGAACAGACAUCAAAUGAAUUGAAUUUAAAACGAUCUACUAAUACAGCAUUUACCCCUAUCACUAAAAAGAAAAAUGCCCAUUCCCAAACGCCAGUAUGUGAUAACGGAUACGAUAGUACAAAAAAUAAUCAAAGUAUCGAAGAAUCAAAAGAAAUCCAUUCGAAUUUCAACACUAUCAACUCCACAAAUUCUGUAAAUCUCAAUUUUAAUUCGACCAGUAAACUUCCUCGAGCUCAAAAUCCAACUAUAACUUUAUUACAAAAAGCAAGAGAAGGACAACUGCCCAGAGGAGCCUUGUAUCUAGAUCAUAUAAUGAAUGAAAAGGAAACCAGGGAAACGAAUAAAAGGAACAUAGAAUCGAACGAAAUAACGUACACAGUGCAACGACAAUACGAAAGCGAGAACGAAAACAGUAAGAGACCGAAAAAAAUGGCUCAACAUUCGGAUAGAAAAAUUGAUGGAAUUGGGCCAACGACCAAAGAAGGAAUUCCAACUAUUCUCAGAUCAGAAAUAAGAGACAAAGAUCAUCAAAAAUGGUACAAACAGAUGUACGAAUCGUUGCACAAAUCCUAUGACGAUAAUGAUUUUGUAACUGUACGAUACAAAACAAAAGCACGAGACAGAGGAUACAUACAUAGCGGCGGAGGUUAUCAAUCUGAACCGGAACAAUUCAGCGGAUAUAAUUCGGAUUUCGAUGCAUCGCGAUAUACGACUUAUGAUGACAGAAACAGUAAAAAUAAAGAAAAUCAAUUUACUUUCGGCACCAUACCAAGGUCAAGCAGUGCAAGUGCCGUUAGACACGGGGUGAACGUUUAUAAAAAUCAACCUGGCAGAAUAGAAGACUAUGAACCAGGCCAUUCCUCAAUAGCUCAAAAAGAAACCAAACAGUGGUGGGAUGAAGUAAUGGAUAUGUUUGACAAUAAUCUUCCCGAAGGAACGUAUUCACCUGCUAGUCAUCGAAAACCAUUUUCAACCCUGCACGGAUCAGGGUAUGAAAGUGAUUCGACCUUGGUAUUUAAAAGGCGAGAAGAUAAUCAACAACAAGUUAUGUCCCCCGCUGAACAACGAUCCUUAUAUAAAUCAAUACAAAUGGGUGGAGAAGUUCCAUUGCAUGGAUUACGUAAACCUGCACCUGAAAAGCCUAAAGAUGACUCUGAUAUCGAGUACUUCCCAAUUUCUCCUCAUCUGACUCGCAUUCGAGUACAUAAAAACAAACCAAACGAUGAAAGAGAAAAAAAGAAACUGCUAACAUUCUCCUCAUUCAAACGCAGUGCUAGAUUGGCAGCUGCAAUCAGCAAUCCACCAGCUCCCCCAGUACCAGUGCGUAAAUCUUCUAAAUAUUCCGCAUUGAAAUUAUGUUCCAAGAUGUCUUUUUCCAAACCAUACACCAUUCAGUCAAAGAAAAAAGAACCGCCUACAAAACAAUCAAAUUUAUCAUCACCAAAAGUAGUGAGACAAAUUAUGAAUGAAGGAGAUACUAAGAUGGCCCCAGGAACAAUAGUAAAAAGCUCUACAACCUAUUACACAUCUGGUAAGAACCAAAAAGAAGACAAAUCUUUAAAAGUUACAGUUGCCAUAUCUACAAAAGGUAAAGAUAUUCUGAAAACUUCUUCCUUCUCCAAAACUGCUUCAAAAACAAAAAUCAACCCCACGACAAAAAAAAUUGAAAAAACAUCUGUGAAAAAUCCAAUCACCACAAACCCAAGCAUUGAGAAGGCUGAACUGAAACCUACCAAUAAACCAAGGAAAAAUUCAGACCCAACCAAAAAAAUUAAAAAAGAUGAUAAGAAAAAGAAAAGGAACUCUACUGAAAAUGGUGAAAAAAAAGAACAAAAUCCAAGCCACAACCCUGUGCAAUGUGAAGUUUUCAUACCCAAACCUGAUGACCAAUUUGGAGAUGGAUUUUUUCAAAAUUUACUGGGCACAGAGGAUAAUUUGGGCCAAAGAAAACAUGUAUCCUAUACAAAAAUAAAAUCCGAGCCAAGUCUGAAUUCUUUGCAAAUAUACUUGAAGCACAAAAAACCAGUUUCAGAGUCAAGAAUUCGAUACUUGGAGAAAGAAUUACUGCAAAAGCCACAAAAUUAUUGGGAAUUAGAUGAGCACAGUGUAUGGAAUAGAACAGAGAGUAAAUUCUGGUUGGGACGUAGUUCUAGUGAGCCACCACCUAUUCACAAUAAAGAGAACAAAUUUGGGGAACGCAUUACAUCCCCUUCGAAUCGUCGAAUUACAAGUAGAAGCAGUAAAUCUCCGGUUAAACCAGUUGAAAGCAUAUCUGGUGUGAGAAUGAAAACUAAAAAAGAUGCUCAAAAUUUGAACAGAAGCACUAGUUCUUUGAGUUUAUCACAUUUAACAGACCAUGCUGAUUAUCAAAUGUAUGUAAUGGAACUGAUGCAUUCCACUCGUAAAUCAGAUAGGUUCAAAGAACUCAAAUCAUUUUAUUCGGCACUGGAAAGGAAAGGUUUACUUGAAAAGACUGCUUUUAAUUAUGACCUCAGGCCCAGGUUAAAAGGUGAGGAAGUUAUUGAUUAUGAACGAUGGAAAGAAUUGCGUAAAAAAGAAAAGGCAGAAGAGGAAUUGAAAGCUUUGUAUGAAAAACUGAAAGUUGAUCAAAAAUAUAAGAAUUUACUGUUCUGUCCCAAUGAUGCUGAACAAUUACGAUGGAGGAGAGAACGUGAGAGGGGUCUGAAGAUUAGGGAGAAAUCUGUAGAGGAUCUUCGACAACAGUUUCAACAUUCUGAAGAUCAGCAUAGGCCUCGAAGUAGACUGGAACUUAGUAAAGAUGUUUAUAAACCUUUAUGGAGAGGCCUUUCUGUUCAAGAUGUUGCCAAUGCUUAUAAACAUGUGACAUCUUCAAAUCGGGGCAGGCCAGUUUUAGAAGCUAAAAGAUCUUUAUCAGAAUCUACAAGACCCUUAAGACAUGAUAGACAUAUUGGAACUCGUGUAUGGAGUAGUUUAUCAAUGGAACAACUGAAUGCAUUGAAAAGUCAACUCAAUGACAUUUACAGCACUGUAUCCAACUUGAAACGUGAACGAAUUCAAAAAAUAUUGAAAGCUUGUUCAAAAAAUGAAAUUACUGUCGAUGGUUCAGAUUCUAGAACUGGACUACAUGUUCGCUGUAAUUCUAUGAUCACAAAAGAUCAAAUGUAUUCACCGUCAUUGAAGAAAAAAGAACGACUGCAAGAGGGUAAGAAGUCAGAUUCCAUAGGCUCAUUGCCAACAACUAGAGAUGAUGGAUUUUCAGAAAAUGAGAAGAAGAAGAUAUCAAAAAAACUUGGCAAUGAGUUGAUGGAUAGAAUGAAAUCAGGUAGUGUGCAUAAGAAACGUAAAAGCAUCACAGGGUUAGUUAUACCACGUGAAACCAUGGGUGCUGUUGCAGCUGUUAAAAGCAAACGAAAAUUAUCGCCAAAUAGAGAUGCUAAUCUAUCUCCUAGGACAUGUUAUUCUUUAGACGUAUCAGAAGAUGAGUUGGGAAAAGAUGACAAACAUGAUAAAAAUAACUUUUUGCUGGUUUUAACUCCAGAACAACAUGGAGAUAUUUUCAAUGCUCAUCCCAUAAAGGCAACCAGUGAUACAGAAAGUCUCAGUUCUAAUGCCUCCACUGUGAUUCAUCUUGGUAAAACUGAAACACCUGGACAUAAACGCAAAUAUAACCAAGAAAUUGUACAAAGAAAGAAAUUCAUUCGAGAAAAAUCAGCCAAUUUAUAUUCAUCCUCCUCAGUGACAGAUUUCAAAGAAAUAUUUGGCGAGCAUUACAGAUCUCUAUCUCCCAUCAGUAACCCUAGGACCGAUUCUAGAUCAUCUUACACCCCUAAUAAACGACAUCAAAAUCUAUACGGUAGUGAGACAAGUCUGUACUCUAGAUCCAGAAGUGUUUCUCCAGAUCCUACCAAGUACUACAGGGCUUAUUUAAAAAUGGUCAAAGCUGGAGAUGUUAGACGAUUACGUAACAAAUUUGAAAGUCUUGAAGAUCUGAGGACUCACAGUUCACAUAGAUUCAACCAGCCUUACAAAAGAUACCGCAGUGAUCCAGAGCUAACUCGUUUAUUGUUACAAAAACGAUCUGACAAAACCAUCAUCAAAGGGCAUGAAUACGGUGAUGUAAAAUACAUGAGAGAUAAAUAUGAAAGAAAAUAUGGUCUAAGGAAAUAUUGUAGAUCAGUAUCACCAAUACCUAAAAUACCAUUAAGUUACGAAAAUCGUCUCAUGCCUCAUAUAAAUGUCAUAAGCAAACAAGCAGAUUUAAUGCAAAAAAGAUCCACAUCCCCUACUUCAAAUCGCUAUCAUACUGGAGAGGUUGAUAAACUCAAACGUAAAUAUGAACAAGAUCGUAUGUCUCUUAUAGGACAAAUGUUUACUUCUAGUCCAGAUAUUAGAGAACUACGAAAUAUAUCUCCGUACUUAGAAUGCGAGUGGAUAGCUCAUCAAUAUCCUGAACCCAUUUCACCCAGGCCUAUUUCCCCAUCUCCAGUAUUCCGCAAACAUUAUUCUUCUUCUAGACCUUCCUCUGUAUCUCCUAUAAGACGAAAGCAGUGUUCAAUUUUAAAACAGAAACCAAACUAUGAUGCUUUUGCCAAUCAGCGUUUUGAUCCAAAUAUGCAUAGACCAGUCUACAGAUACGAGCCACCUUCAGAAUAUAAUUCCAGUUGCUAUUCGUAUUAUUCUUCUAGACCAACAACAGUGAAAUUUAAAGAACCUGUUACAAGAUCGCAUGAGUCGUUCCAUCAAUUAGGAUCAAGUACUGGGAGAAUCAAUGAUGAAAAUCGUUACGAUAAUUAUGAGUCGCCGCAUAAAUAUGCCGAAUCAGAGGUAACAUUACAGUACAAAAUACCAGUACGUAAUGAAAUAAAAGAAGCAUGGAGCGAAGAAGAGUUGAACAGAAGGCAGGCCGAAACAAUGCGCAGAAUAUAUCAAGAAGAACGGAGAAGAAAAUAUUUACAAGAAUUACAAGAUAUGUCAAAUCGCAGACACACCGAUAACUUAUUGCCAUCGCAAAAGUCACCAAUUCCACUGAAUCGUUACGACGAUGUUUUGGAAGAACCAGCGCCACAAAGAUCCAGAAGUCGCACACCAGAACCAAAAUUAGUCGCCAGAGCUUUGUACCAUUUUACUGGACAAACAUCAAGAGAAUUAACUUUCAGAAAAGGAGAUAUCAUUUUCGUCAAGAAGCAAAUUGAUAAGAACUGGUAUGAAGGCGAGCAUAACGCUAUGAUUGGACUGUUUCCCAUUAAUUAUGUUGAGAUAAUUCCGUACGAUGAAAUACGAACGUUACCAAAAAGACCAAGUGAAGGUCAAGCCAGAGCCAAAUUCAACUUCGUAGCUCAAACUAAUUUAGAACUAUCAUUAGUAAAAGGGGAAUUAAUUGUAUUAACUAGGCGAGUAGAUGAUAACUGGUAUGAAGGAAGGAUCGGUAAUCGAAGAGGUAUAUUUCCAGUUACCUAUGUUCACGUCAUACGAGAGCCUGGUGAGUACGAAGGACUUACAGAUUCUGCGGAAACCGCGCAUAAUAAUGUUCGGAAACCAGUAGCAGCGCCAGCAGCGCAUUCCCUUAUAACUAACCAACAAUCUUUGCCUUCUCAACACAAUUACCAGCCUAAUAGUUAUACGACACCUAUAACUUUACCUCGCACCACAACGAGGUCACAACGAGAAGUUAAUACUUUACCUCUGAAUGAAGCACUUCACAUAGAUACCAACUCAGAACCCAUACCCAGAUAUCGAGCUUUGUACAAUUACAAACCACAAAAUGAAGACGAGCUAGAGUUAAAAGAAGGCGAUACAGUGUACGUAAUGGAAAAAUGUGAUGAUGGCUGGUAUGUAGGAUCCAGUCAAAGAACAUCACAUUUUGGAACUUUCCCAGGAAAUUACGUUGAAAGAAUCUCCUAAAUUAAUAAG